AGGUCCACAAACUGAUCAUGUCUGCAACCAGCUCCAGCCCAGUGCCCCCAUGUGGAAUUGUAUUAAUAGCUGCUGUACUGCUUCAGUCUGUUUUUGUUGCCGUCACAUAUAUUUACUUCACAAAUGAACUUAAACAGCUACGUGAAACCUACACAAGAAGCAAUAUUGCCUGUUUGCUUAGGGAUGAUCCCGAGGAUUUCUUCCAACCUGCAGAUUUUGGAAAUGUUGACAGCAUGGACCCUUGCUGGGAAGUCAAGAUUCAACUUCAGCUUUUAAUAAAAAAGAUUAUGAAGAAACAGUACAAGCCACAGCCACCCGAACAAGGUAAGCUUUCAGAAAGAAUUUCUGCUGCUAUUAGCCAGACUCAGAAUCAAGGAUAUCCAAAAGAAAUAGCAGCUGCUCAUGUAACUGGAAGUAACUGGAGAAUUCCUCAAUUAAGAGAAAGUUCUGUGAUACAUAAGUUUGAUGGACAGAAAAUACAAGAAUGGAAAUCUCACAAGAAGCCAUCAUUCUUGAACAAUUUUGAAAUAGAACACGGGGAGUUAAUUAUUAAAAAGAGCGGCUUUUAUUUCAUUUACUCUCAGACAUAUUUUCGGAUGCAAAGCGGUAGCAACUCAGAGGAAAAUAUAGGGAAACAAUUUGUUCAACAUAUUUAUAAAGUAACAAGCUACCCCAAUCCAAUCCUUUUGAUGAAAAAUGUAAAGACAGCUUGCUGGUCCAAAAAUGCAGACUAUGCCCUCAAUUCUAUUUAUCAAGGAGGAAUUUUCCAGUUUUAUGAAAACGAUCGAAUAUUUGUAACAGUUAGCGACAUCGGUUUGGUAGAUAUGGAUGAAAGGGGAACUUUUUUUGGAGCCUUUCAGUUGUACUAAUCGAUGUCAGGAUCAGAUUAUCAACAAACACCAACAGCAUUCACUGCAUUUUUUCUAGUUUGCAUCUGGUUUGGUCAUUGUACCCACAAACUAUUAUGGAUGGUUUGAUGACUUGAUCCAUGUUGUGGGUAGUUCACAAACUUAUUGAUGAAAUGAUUGGAAAGGAGGAUUCAAUGGAAAUCUUCAUUCAUAUAAAGAAGGGCAAAAUCUGUUGUAUGAGAAGAAUAGAAAGAACAAAAUAUAAA